UUAAAAUGGCCGCUUGCUGGCGUCUCUGGCGCUGUUGAAUGGAGAAAGCUUUAUUGUUCCCUUCGGGCAGGAGUGUUCGUGUCCUUUAUGGCGCUGUCAAUAAAGAACCGCAGUUUGAAUCGGUGCUGAACAGUUUUAGUGAUCUGUGGCAGAGUGGCCUGAAGGAAUGCAGAGUAAUAGGUGGAAGAAGUGCAUGGGAGGAAGGAAGGAGGAGAGAGGCAGUGGAUUUUUAAGAAUAUAGACCUCAGAGCCAGACUGCCUGAGUUUGGAGCCCAGGUCUGCCACACACUAGUUGUGUGACCUUAGGGUCUAGUGCUGAUCCUCACAAAGUGAUUCUGGAAGAAGAGAGGAAAGGAAGUCCUCAGGCAGAGCUGAUGCGAUGGAGCUCCCCAACUAUAGCCGGCAGCUGCUGCAGCAGCUCUACACGCUGUGCAAGGAGCAGCAGUUCUGUGACUGCACCAUUUCCAUUGGUACCAUUUACUUCAGGGCCCACAAACUUGUCCUGGCUGCUGCCAGCCUCCUGUUCAAAACCCUGCUGGACAACACAGACACCAUCUCCAUCGAUGCAUCUGUCGUGAGCCCUGAGGAGUUUGCCCUCUUGUUAGAAAUGAUGUACACUGGCAAACUACCUGUGGGCAAGCACAACUUCUCCAAAAUCAUCUCCUUAGCCGACAGCCUACAGAUGUUUGAUGUGGCUGUUAGUUGUAAAAACCUUCUAACUAGCCUUGUAAACUGCUCUGUUCAGGGUCAGGUGGUGAGGGAUGUCUCCACACCAUCCUCAGAGUCAUCCAGGAAGGAGUUGGAGAAGCCUGAAGUAGAAAUCCUUUCCUCCGAGGGUGCUGGAGAGCUUCAUUCUUCCCCGGAGGUUUCCACCCCUCCAGGGGGCCCUGUGAAAGCCGAGAUGGGGGAAGUGAUCCAAACAGUUGUGCAAGAGAUGAGUGUGGAUCCUUGUGCUGCCCAAGGGAUUCAGGGGAAUGCAGACACCCCAGUGGAGACUCCUCUGACAGCUGAAGUUUUUUCCCCUUCUCCUGGUGUACAAACCUUUAGUGAGGCAAAGGAAGCAAGCCCAGAACCAGAGUAUGAGGGGAAACAUUACCAGCUGAAUUUUCUUCUAGAAAAUGAAAAAAUCUUCUCAGAUGCACUCUUGAUUACCCAGGAUGUUUUAAAAAGACUAGAAGAAUGUUCAGAAAUUAAAGGUGCACAGAAGGAGACCAUAAUGGGAUGUCUUGUGGGUGAAGAAGGACAGUCAGCAUUCCAGAGAAUCCUGGAUAAAGUAAGAAGUGAGAGCCUGGAUGUUCAGACUGUCGUGUCCCUGUUGAGGCUGUUCCAAGAUUCUAAUCCUGCGGUGAAGGCAGCACUGUUAGACGGACAGCCAGAGGCUGUAGAAGCAGUGCAGCCAAAAGCUCUUUCUCCCCCAGGGAGCACAGAAGAGGGAAAGACCUUGUCUGUUCUGUUACUAGAACACAAAGAGGACCUGAUCCGGUGUGUCACACAGCUGAGACCUAUUUUGGAGUUCCUGGAAACAGGCGAGGAGGAAUUCCUGACUGGCUCUGAGAAAAGGGUGAUUCUGAAUUGCUGUGAGGGUGGAACACCCAAGGAGACAAUAGAAAAUUUGUUGCACAGAAUGGCUGAAGAGAAGACCCUGAGCGCUGAGAGUUUGGUAAAACUCCUUCAGGCUGUGAAGAUGACGUUCCCAAACUUGGGCCUUCUGCUGGAGAAUUUGCAGAAAUUAGCUGCUUUGCCGAGCACCACAGUCCAAGCAAGCCCUGAUGAUUAUGGGAUUGAACUAUUGAGGCGGUAUCACGAAAACCUCUCAGAGAUUUUCACAGACAACCAGAUGUUACAAAAAAUGAUCCCACAUGUGAAGAGUUUAGCCCCUGGAGAAAGAGAGGUCAUGGAGAAGCUUGUGAAACGUGACUCUGGUUCAGGUGGUUUCAGUGCUCUGAUGUCAGCAGUUCUAGAAGAGCAGACUCUCUCUGCAGCAGCCAUUUGGCAACUGCUGCUGGUGGCUCAGGAGACAAAGGCCUGCCCAUUGAACCUGCUCACGGAGGAAAUACGAAGGGAGCCUGGCGCAGACGCUUUCUUCCGGGCAGUGAUGACCCCAGAAAGUGCCGCCUUCGAAACCAUCCUGAGGCAUCGCAGGUUGAUCCUAGAGGCCAUCCAGCAAAGGGCUGAGCUCAAGUGCUUGGCCUCAGAGGAAGAGCGCCUGGCGGAGACUGUGAAAGAGAUUCUGAGCAUUUCCUCUGAGACAGCCAGCCCUGAAGCUUCCCUGAGAGCAUUGCUGAGCAGAGCCAUGGAAAAAUCCAUCUCGGCCAUUGAAAUAUGUCAGCUCCUGUGCGGCAUCCACAGAUCUUUCCCAGGCCUGCAGCCUGUCAUGCAGGAGUUGGUGUAUGCCGGUUUCCUUACUCAGGAAAAGGGAGAGAAGGAAAGGUGGAUGGUGAGUAAUAAAUUUCACCUUGAAGCCAAGGACAAAGCAGAUGAAAAGGCAACUGAGCCAGCUGAAGAAAACUGCCAGCCUGGGAAACAGGACGGUCAAGGAGAGACUGGUUCCUUGCCAGAACAACAAGAGAAAGAUACUUCUGCCUCCCCAGACUCUGCCAAGAAGAGCUUCGUCUGUAAGGCCUGUGACAAGAGCUUCCAUUUCUACUGCCGCCUCAAGGUGCACAUGAAGCGCUGUCGGGUGGCCAAGAGCAAACAGGUGCAGUGUAAGGAGUGUAACGAGACCAAGGACUCUAAGAAGGAGCUGGAGAAACAUCAGCUGGAGGCGCAUGGUACAGGUGGAGAGCCUGACGUCCCCAAGAAGAAGAAGAAGAGGCUUCCAGUGACGUGUGACCUCUGUGGAAGAGAAUUUGCUCAUGCCUCAGGCAUGCAGUACCACAAACUGACGGAGCAUUUUGACGAGAAGCCGUUCUCCUGUGAAGAGUGUGGGGCAAAGUUUGCAGCCAAUUCUACCCUGAAGAACCACCUUCGCCUUCACACUGGGGACCGUCCGUUCAUGUGCAAGCACUGCCUCAUGACCUUCACCCAGGCCUCUGCCCUGGCCUACCACACCAAGAAGAAGCACUCAGAAGGAAAAAUGUAUGCGUGCCAGUACUGUGACGCUGUGUUUGCCCAGUCCAUUGAGCUGUCCCGCCACGUGAGGACCCACACCGGGGACAAGCCAUAUGUCUGCAGAGAUUGCGGCAAGGGCUUCCGGCAAGCCAAUGGCCUCUCCAUCCACCUGCACACCUUUCACAACAUAGAAGAUCCGUAUGACUGCAAGAAAUGCAGGAUGAGCUUCCCGACUCUGCAGGAUCACCGAAAGCACAUCCACGAGGUGCACUCCAAGGAGUACCACCCCUGCCCCACGUGUGGGAAGAUCUUCAGCGCCCCUUCGAUGCUGGAGCGGCACAUGGUGACCCACGUCGGAGGGAAGCCCUUCAGCUGUGGGAUCUGCAACAAGGCCUACCAGCAAUUGUCUGGUUUGUGGUACCACAAUCGGACCCACCACCCUGACGUGUUUGCUGCUCAGAACCAUCGAUCUUCCAAGUUCUCGUCACUCCAGUGCAGCUCCUGUGACAAAACCUUUCCCAACACCAUCGAACACAAGAAGCACAUCAAAGCAGAGCACGCAGAUAUGAAGUUCCAUGAAUGUGACCAGUGUAAGGAGCUCUUCCCCACGCCAGCUUUGCUGCAGGUUCACAUCAAGUGCCAGCAUUCAGGGUCGCAGCCGUUCCGGUGUCUGUACUGUGCAGCCACUUUCCGCUUUCCCGGGGCACUGCAGCACCACGUCACCACUGAGCACUUCAAGCAGUCGGAGAACACCUUCCCCUGUGAGCUCUGCGGGGAGCUCUUCACCUCCCAGGCCCAGCUGGACUGUCACUUGGAGUCUGAACACCCGAAGGUGACGGGCACUGAAAGCCAAGCGGCCGCCUCACAGAUGGUGCAGGUGAUCCAAACCCCAGAGCCGGUGGCCCAGACGGAGCAGGUGAUCACUUUGGAGGAGACCCAGCUUGCUGGUUCACAGGUGUUUGUGACAUUGCCAGAUUCACAGACAUCCCAGACCAGCUCUGAGCUUGUGGCAGUGACCGUGGAGGACUUGCUAGACGGUACCGUGACCCUAAUCUGUGGGGAGGCCAAGUGAGUGGCUGCUCACCGUGGAGGGUCCUCCGUUUGCAGUAGAGAGGAUGCCCCCCACUUGCCUUUUGCCCUUCCUCCCUCGGUGUCCUGAGUACUGAGCAUCUUAGCUUAGCGCCAACCUAAGUGGUCUCACUUGGGAAAUGGACAGAAGCAUCAUGGUUCUCAUAAAACCAAGUCUGAGUCAUCAACACCAACACGACCGCCCUCCGUAGCAGGCAGGCCUGUUCCUCACAGGCCUGCUGCUGUGGCCUCUCUGACACUGUCCGUCCCCAAGCGGAGUAUAGCUUCUGAAAUAGAGCCUGAAAGGGCAGCGGGAUAAGAGCUGGUGACCAGAGCAACCAGAGCGGUGUGAUGUGCUGGCAGCCCUCAGCGUGCAGAGCGGCAGUUCAGUGCAGGGCAGUGGCGCACAGAGUGGGGCUGCGGGCGCCGCCAGUGCCUUCUGGCCAUUUAAAAAUGAGGGAAGAGCGCCAUCAGACCAUCUGGGGACUCCCAGCCUUGAGCACACUCAGCCCCUUCCUCACGUCUGUCGUCCUUCCAGCCCCCCUCAUGGUGGCAGUAGGACAGGUAACAGCAUGCUGACGCAGGACGGCUUCAUUUCCAUGCUGAGUCCCACCUCGUCAGUACAGUCAGCCAUUCCCAAAACGAAGCCUUUGGCGUGUUUCUUCUGGGAGUGUUCAGUGAGGCCAUCUAGCUGCAAACCGUCUCUGCCUUUGCAGAAGACUCUUCAUGGUGUUCUGCACCUGAGGCUGGUUCCCACAGCUUUUCUGUGGUGUCCUCAAUCCCCUUUCCCUAAUCAAAGCCUAAAGCUUCUACCCAACCUGGAGGCCUCGUCCCCUCCCUGAGGAGCACGUGAUACGUGUAACGUAGCAGUGAACCUGCGCCAGGUGGAGUAGCGCCGUGGUGGCCCCUGAGUCUUCCUCCUGCCAGGGUCUUCCCUGCCUGUGAGUAGCCUGUUGUCUGAGCUCUUUCCAGCUGCCACUAUGACUGCAGGUCAGUGAUCCUUUGGAGUCUGAAUUUUACAAAGCUUUUUCAUCUUCAGUUCCUAAAAUAUAAUCUGGUAAUUAAUGGUUUAUGGAAUCCAUUAUGAAGUGCAAUUAGAUGGAGGGAAUGACUAGCAUUUAUCUUCCUUUCCUUGAUGGCAGAAGGUUGACGUCUGCUAGGGCAGUGUUUCCACACCCAGCGCGGCUCCCUGCCACCUUGUGUGGUUGACCCCCUGCAGAAGGUACUGCCCAGUUUGAUCACUCACCCUCAAAAUACAGGCUGGCAGAAGACAAGGCCACCCCUUCUCUCUAAGCACAUUUCACAUCACCAGGUACCAGCAGGGGAGGGGUCGAUCUGGGUCAUGGUCGGUACUUCUGUCGCCAUCACACGUUGCUGGAAGGGCAGAAGGUGGGACCUUAACACUGGCCAGUGUGUCUGCUGGCCUCCAUCCUGCUCUGUGCAGGCAGCUGGGCCAGCUCACCCCGCCUCCAGUUGUGUGCUCAUUUCAUGUGCAAAUCACUUGAGCUUGUCAGCUCAGGGAUCGUCCCAUUCUGAAGUAAAUGAAGUUUUCAAAGGCCAAUAACUGGCCAGAAGAUGGUGCUCAAACCUCUAAGACUUUGCCUCCCUGUGAGGCCCUCACUGCUUCUGCCAAGGCCGUCUCUGUCUUCUUAAGGUUUUUCAGUUCUGUGAGCUGUCAGACCGGGAUUGCUCUUGAUCAGCAAGUGAUGAGGUGGCACCGAAUCUCCCCUUGGCACCAGAUAAAACCCAUUGAAAGAGUGGAGCAGCCCUGCUUACAGGGCAUGGAGGCCAAGCCCGGCACAUAAGAAUGCAUGGGUGGGUGGGAAUCGCAGCAUCAUCAAAACUUCUUCCAGCCAAAAAAACAAAAUAAACUUAAAAAUUAAUUGCUGAGGACCUGUAGGGGAAAGUGAUUUUUCUUUUUAAAAAGUCUUCUGAAUAAAGACAGCUGUAAGCUUUAAACCCAACUUCCAGAUCUUUUCAAGUACUGAGGCACCCUUUCUCAGGUUUCUGGUGGAGACCCAGACCGUGGCAGGACACUGGUUUUCUUCAGAAUCACCAGACUCACAACUCACUUUGCCAAGAGCAGACAGAGCAGUGGGAUAUGCUGCCAGCUGCACUCUCACCCCGCGGCACAGCCAGCAGGAGCACGAGGCCUGGGCUGGUUCUGGUCAACAUGAGGGAAAGGCCCGUCCUGACUUUCGUCUCUGCUCCGAGUGGACCUCGGAAGCUGCUGCAUCAACAGCGAUUUCACAGUGCUGCGCCCUAGAGAUGCCCGAGCAUGGAUUUUGUUGUAGGAAGACUUUUUCUAGCCCUACUUGGCCAUUUUAUUCUUUUCUCCCACUUCUGCCCAAGAGACCUUCUGAAUUGCUGCCACGGAGGACAUGUUAUCGGGGUCCCCUUGUCCACAUCACUUGCUCUCGUGUGGCAGUGGUGGUCUCUGCCUUGUUGCUGUGGUGCUGCCCUUGUGGCCUCAGGGCUGAACCCUGGGGGCACUGGCAGUGGUGUAGAGGAGUCUGUGGACUUCUUGGAACGCAUAUUUAUUCAGUAAGACCCCAACUCUUCUCUGCUCCCAGAGCUUGUAAAACACCUGGUGAGGAGGAAAGGGCAGACAGAUUCCAAGCUGGAGUCUCAUUCCAUGGGGCUCACUACGGAACAGCAUUUGCCCAUUGCCCGGUGAGUGAGACAGACAGCAAGUAGAUGGCUCAAGAGCGAGGAUCGCCCUGGGAAGAGGAGACUGUGCAAGUGUGUGAGCAGAGCCUGAGGGGCAGCAAAGGGCCAGAGACUUGUUUAUUUUAUAAAGCCUGAGUCCAGCAAGUGCCACAGUCUACAGUGUGAAUGCCAGGUUCCCUGGUCAUUCAAGUCCUCUCUGAGGAAGCUGUCUGACUCUCCCCUCCCACCAGCCAUGGAAUGUAUUUCAGCUUCAUCCCCCAGGGAAGAGCCCUGAGAGUCGAGGACUGAGGGUGAAAUAGAUCCAGUCAAACAGGGGUAAAUGGGGAGACAAGGACCCUGUUCUCUGCUCAUGGUGUAAAUCGAGGAGAAAGAUGAGAUGAGCCCAAAGAGUUUCUCUACCCCAGGUGAUGUUGCGGUCACCAUAGGCUGAUUACUUAUUAAUAAUAUGGGGUGGGGGAUUUAACUCUCAUGUGCCUGAGAUCUACGAAUUGACUAAGGGUUGGAGGAACUGCCAGCCUUACCUAGCAUGGUUCUAGGGGACAAGCAAUAUUUCUAUUAAAUUGGGACUAGGAAGUUGGACAGUGGUGGAGAAAAUCACAGGAUGCUUUAAUCAGUCCUCCCAAAGGAAGACUUCAGCAGCCCCUGCCCUGCUCCGCUUGGCCUAGUGUAUUGCAGGGAUACUUGGGAAAUAGGGAGAAAGUGGGAGUGAAAGAAAACUUAGGGGUUGAAGGGAGUAUUUUGUUGCCAUGGAAAACCUUGGGGCUGGUAGGACUUGGGCCAAAAGCUCAGAAGCACAGCCAGAACUCAGAAACUUGCUAUACCUAUGACUUGGCCUGUAAGGAAGGGAGAAGUUGCUGUGCUUCGGGGAUUACAUUGUUGAAAAAAAAAAAAAAAUUAUCCCAUCAGCUAACUUAGAUUGCUUCCAAGGCAUGGAAAUGUUGCAUCAUUUCCCUUACAAAGGCCAGUCACACCUGCUACCACCCACGGUCAGGACAGGGUGCACAUGUCAGGACAGGUCAGCCAGCAGACGAUGGCUGUUUCAAUUGGAUUACAAACCAUUAUUCGUGUUCAACUUGCACUACUCUAUGUAAAUAAAAUAUGUACUUUGAGAAAAGUUAUGCUGCAUGAGUUUCAAAUGGGCUGUGAUGCCAUAAACCUGUUUUCUCUUUGGUUCUGGGCAGCUGUCAGAUGGGACCACGCUUGAUAGGCCUGGUUUCCUAGGGGCUAUCGUGUACCUGCGGGCCAUGUUAGCAUGGCCUGGGAAGGACAAAAAACUCUCCUGUCGUGUGGAGUCUCAUUUUUCUAAACCCUCGUUCCCAGGGAGCAAGUGUGGUGCAGGGUUUCAGAGACAGGCUUUGGUGUCCAACCUGGGUACAUCCCAGCUAUGCCACUUUAUGACUGUGUGACCUUGGUGAGAUACUUAUCCUCUCUGAGCUCCCUCCUUCCAGCUCCUGUUCACAAAUGGAGGAAAUUAUUGUAUUUACCCCACAGAAUUGUAGUACUAAUUAAAAGGCUAGAUUUAAUGUUUGGUGUUUGAAAUUUGGUGUUGAAAAUUUUAGUUGUAAUUAAUAAAGUCCUUCACAUACAGGUCAGCCAUUCCCUACAUUUUCUAGCACUGGGAAGAUUGUUCAUUCCUGCACCUUUACGUGUCUCUCAUCUUCCUCUCUCUGUCUGCAUCCUUAGGGAUCUUUAUAACAGCACUUUUCAUUUAUCUCUUGAAUCUCAACUGCCCCCAAAGUACAAAGUGCUCAGCAGAUAACUAUAAAAUAAGCAG